CCAGAGCCUGCAGAGCCUGCGGGAGCCGCUCUACAAGGAGGAGCUGUCUGCGACCCUGGAGGCGGCGCAGGUGCAGCUCUCGCUCGCGCCCGGCCUGCUCUCCAAGGGGACCAAGCUGCUCAUCAUCAUGGACAAGAACAGCUACGAGAAUAACUGGUCGCGACAGAACGUGUCUGUCCAGGGCGCCGACUUCAAGGUGGCCGCGUGGUGGUCCCAGUGCCUCGUCUGGAACGCGAAGUCGUGGUCGCCGGAGAACUGCUCGGUGGAAGGGAAUCUCUCGACGUGGGACCUGACCACCUGCAGCUGCCACUCGACGCACAGCAUCUUCGGCGCCCGCACGGUCCCCAUCCUGAGCGAGGAGAGCACCAUCGCCGUGAACGAGCUGAUGCUGGUCGAGACCUUCAUGGCACUGUACUUCAUCGUCCUCGUCCUCGUGCUGUACUUCGUGAUGGCUCUCGGCCUCCAGACGUCAGAGCGACACCGACUCAAGCGCAGAAACAUCUGGCUGAGGGACAAUGACCCGCGGCACGAGUGGGCGUAUCUGCUCACCAUCAAGACGGGCACGCAGUGGAAUGCCGGCACCACGUCCAAGGUCUACGCCAUCGUCCACGGAACUCACGGCAUGAGCGAGACGAGGGAACUGCAGUCGAAGCAAACCGGGCAGCUGUUUACGCGGGGGGCGCUCUGCACCUUCAUCCUCACGACAGCGGAGCCCCUGGGAGACAUCCUGAAGGUGCAGCUGUGGCACGACAACAGCGGAGGCAGUAGCGCCGGCUGGUACGUGUGCGAGACGAGUGUGGUAGACCUCGUUCUGGGGGCGAGGUACGCCUACCCGUGCUACCGCUGGCUGGCCGUGCAGGCAGAGGAUGCCAAGGUGGAGCGAGAGAUCACCUUAGAGAGCCCGACCACCUUCUUCCAGGAUUUCGAGCACUUUCUGCCCCAGUACGCCAGCGAGCACAUGCUGUGGACGUCCCUGCUCACCACGUCCAGCACGGCCAAGUUCUACAGGCUGCAGCGGCUCACCAUCUGCCUGAUCGUCUGUCUGUGUCUCGGCACCAUCUCGCUGGCCGUUGUGCAGAGAAUCAACACCGAACACACCAUGAUGGUUCCGGACAUGCAUAUCGAGCCUAUGUACUACGGUUGCAUCAUCGCCAUGGCCCUCCUCCCCGUGCAAUGGCUGCUGGAGAUGGUGUUCAAGAUGAGUAACAGAUUGGAGGAGAAGGAGUACAACAACAAGUCGGUGCUGGACACGCUGCGGGCCACGAGGGAGAGCGAGGCGGCGACGCAGCCGAGGGGCGACGGCGACGGCGAGAGCGACGCCGGCCUCAGCGACGAGGAGAGCGAGCUGUACAACCCCAACUCGAGCACCUGGACGGCCCUGGCCAGGUGGGCGCAGACGGUAGAGCUCACCAACGCCCACCUGAGCCUCCUGCAGGACAAGGACAUGGACGGCAUGCACGUGACGCAGCGCUCGAGGACACCCAACGCCGCCCAGAGCGAGGGCCCGCCGGAGGAGGCGCUGGGGCCCGCGGACCCCGCCGCCCGGUGCGCGGAGGGCAAGGCGCGGCCCCUCCCCGCGGCCGGCGGACGCGACGCCGCCAAGAAGUGCUCGCCGACCAUCUUCGAGUUCCUGGCGGAGCUGCGGCGCGCCUUCGCCUGCCUGGUGAGGAUCCUGUUCGAGGGCCGGAGGGCCAAGUGCAAGGGCCGGGCGCGGCAGGAGGACGAGGCCGGGUGGGAGGCGGACGAGGACGAGGACGAGGACGACGAGGGGGAGAGCGGCGAGGGGAGGGCGACGUCCAGCCUCACCUUCAUCUUCUCCCAGUGCGUCGGCUGGAUCGUCUGCUGCUUCUUCGCCGCAAUGUGCUGCAUGGUCCUUGUGGUCAGAGGCUCGGGCAUGCCAAUGGACUACUGCGCCGUGUGGCUUCACAUUAUCUACAUGACCUUGUGCUUCUCCAUGUUCGUCAUGCAGCCGCUGGUCGUGGUCAUCUACACAUUAUACAAGGUGUGCAUGUACCGGUGGCUCGGCUGCAGGGGCUGCAUCAGCGACUGCGUGACCGUGCCCCUGGACCAGGUCGUGGCCAUCUGGAACCGCUACCAGACCGUGUUGCGAGGGUACAAAAACAGGACCGAGGAUAUGAGCAGUGAGAAGUUACUGGAAGAGCGGCAGCGGACACGGGACCUGCGCUUCGCCCACCCGCCCAGCGAGGACUACCUCCUGCGGUGCCGAGAGAAGGAGGCGCAGCGGGAGAAGGUUUCGAGCGUCUUCCGGAGUGUCUUGGGCCUGCUGCUCAUGCUGGCGCUGCUGGUGGUGAUCGCCAGCAAUUCGAACGUGUCGGAGCGGUACAUGCUGAACGCCUCGACGCUCACCACGCUGGCGAACGGGAGCUGCCUGGACCGGGAGAAGUACCCGGACUGCUGCCAGGACUCGUCCUGCAAGGCGUGCAGCGAGGGCAAGAACGAGGACUACAUGGCCUUCGGAUCGAUCGUGACGAAGGAGGACUGGUGGAAGUGGGCGUCGUCCGAGCUGAUCUCCCUCGCCUACAACAGCGACCGCGCCUUCUCCCAGUUCAGCGUGUUCUGCGACUCGAACAGCGUCCUGAUCGGCUGGCCGCGCCUCCGCAAGUACGACAUGAACCCCGAGGAGUGCGAGGCGGCCAAGUACCUCGUGUCGUCCAACCGCUCCCUGGCCGACCUGCUGCACGUGCAGUCCUGCAUCCCGGAGUACGUGGACAGCGUGUCGCACGUGUUCAGCUUCGGCUCCAACCGGAACACGGACUGGGACGCGCACUUCCUCGCCGUCAACUACGGGAUGUUCAGUCAGUACAGCUACACGGACCACCAGCAGGACCUCCCGAGCUCGCGCACGUUCGCCGUCCUGCUGCUGAUCUUCCUGGAGGCGUCGCACUGGAUCGACGAGAAGGCCACGCGGGCCGUCGUCACGGAGCUGACGCUGUAUCACCCGCAGACAGACCUCUACACGACCGUCAACCUGCUGGCCGAAUUCCCGUCAUUGUCCGGUGCUCAGGUGAUGGUGCGAGUGUCGUCGACGGCCGUGGAGCGAUACAAAGGGACCUGGUCUCUCGUGUGCAUCAUGGCCGAGGUUAUCCUGGUGGCCGUCUCCAUGCACUACCUCUACCGCACCACAAUCUACGUCUACAAGUGUCGCCUGAAGAUCUGGAAGUCGUUCUGGGUAUUUCUAGACAUAUUAAUGACGAUCUUGAGCUGGAGUUACAUCGUGUGCCUCAUGCUGCGCGUCCAAAUAGCCGAAUACAUUAUGUGGCAGCUGCGUGUGGCUUACUUUCAGAAGUAUGUCAAUCUGAAAGGCCUCACGACCUGGGAUAAGACCUUGGAGUCUUUGAUUGGAGGCAUGCUGCUCGUCCACAUGAUCAGGUGCAUGAGAAUGAUGAGGUACCUGCCCGUCUGCCGUCGCCUCGGGCACGUCCUCAGUGGAGCUUCCAAGGAUGUUCUUGUAGUGACGGUGAUGCUGCUGGGGCUGUUGGUAUGUUGUAUGCUCCUGGGCUACAUGUGGUUCAGUUCCCUGCUGUGGGAAUUCCACACGGUGCUCGAGGCCUUCCUCACCCUCGUCAGGAUCAUCAUGACGCACGUGCCCUUCCUCCCCAAUCUGGAAAAUGAGAGUAAUGGAUACGUAACUUCCCUCGGUUAUCUGUAUUAUCUGAUAACAUACACCCUUCUGUACCAGCUGACCCGGGCUCUGUACAAGGCAGCUUUUGUCCAUGCCAUGAAGUCCUACGUUGGGAAGCCAGGCGUGGAUGUUGCGUGGAGGGACAUCAAAGUCUACGCGAAGGAGAGGUGUCAGUCAGUCCUGCGGUUCAUCCAGAGGAAGGCCGAGGUGGUUGAUGAGCCCAAGGACAAUACCCCACCGGACUUCUACAUGGCUGAGCUGGAGCUCCAGAUCAACCAGAUCCUGGGCGGCCUCGACAACCUGGCCGAGUCCCUGGGGAUCGUGACGGAGCGAGUGGCCCAGCUGGACGAGGACGACGACGAGGACGACGACGAGGAGUUCCGGGACAGCCACGACGACGGCGACGACGACGACGAGGAAGAGGAGGAGCAAGAGCCACUCUGUGACCGCGGGCGGGACUGGCUCGCGGAGGGCUUCCUCCAGGGGAAGGUGAAGAGCUCGACGCCCAAGACCGAGCUGGACGUCAUCCUGCAGCCGCUGCAGAAGAGGGUGCAGGAGCUGCUGGACCAGGCGGAGAGCGGCGAGCGGGAGCCGCCCUUCCCCGGGGCGAGCGCGGCCGACGACCGGCUGGCGGAGGCGGGGAGCGCGCAGGACUCGCCCUUCGAGACGUCCUUCAACCUGGACGCCUUCACGGACAUCGCCAGCUGCCAGACGGAGAUCGAGGCCAUCACGCGCUCGUGGAACCUGAGCGCGCUGCCCGGCGACCCCGCGGCCAGGAGCUGGGCGCAGGACGACGGCGGCCAGCUCGCCAAGUUCCUCAAGGACGUGUCCGUGUCGGCCGCCUCCGACGAGUCCCUGCAGGCGUUCGGCAAGUACGGCAAGACGGUGGGCAAGCUCAAGGCCAUGCCCAGGCUGCAGCCGAGCCACGAGAGCCUGGCCGCCGCCCUCAGGAGCCACAGCACGAGCGGCACCUCCGACGCCAGCAGAAUCCGCUCGGUGUCGUCCUUCGUGGACAGCGGCGGCCAUCAGCUGGAGCAGGCGGGAGGGCGGCCGCGCUCGCACACCGCCGCCGCCGCGCAGGAGGGCCAGGCGCACGGGUCGUCCGUGGCCAUGCUGGGCUCCAAGCUGCGGAGGACGCAGACGCAGGGGCGGGGCAAGGGCCACGUCGACGUCCUGGACAUCGAGAGCCUGAUCCUGGACAGCGAAGAAGGCAGCGAAUACUAAGGCCUCGCGGCUUCCCGAGGCUGUAAACCCUGAGCUUCGGGGUGUCCGAGCAGCCAACGCCAGGGCUUCGAGCUUCAGCAAGGGCGGCCGUGAACACCAACCCAAGCUUCGGAGCUUCAGAUGGAGGAAAACACAUC